CUGUCGAGCGCGCGCGCGCCGCCGCCGUUAGGCUGGUGGCGCUGCGGGGAAAAUGGCGUCGCUGCUGCCGCGCAUUGAGCGACUCUCCUCGCGAGUGGUGCGCGUGCUGGGAUGUAACCCGGGCCCCAUGACCCUGCAGGGGACCAACACCUACCUGGUGGGGACCGGGCCCAGAAGGAUCCUUAUUGACACGGGAGAGCCAGCUAUCCCUGAAUAUAUUGGCUGUUUAAAACAGGCACUGACUGAGUUCAACAUCUCAAUCCAGGAAAUUUUAGUGACACACUGGCACCAUGAUCAUACUGGAGGCAUAUCUGAUAUUUGUAGGAACAUCCACAAUGAUUCUGAAUAUUGCAUUAGUAAGCUUCCACGCACUCCUCAUCGUGAGGAAAUAAUAGAAGGAGAAAAGCUAAAGUAUUCAUAUCUGAAAGAUGGAGAUGUGUUAAAAACUGAGGGAGCCACUCUCAGAGUUUUAUAUACACCUGGGCACACUGAUGAUCAUAUGGCUUUACAUCUAGUGGAAGAAAAUGCUAUAUUUUCUGGUGACUGUAUUCUAGGAGAAGGGACAGCAGUAUUUGAAGACUUGUAUGACUACAUGAAAUCACUGGAAAUGCUGUUGCAAAUGCAAGCUGACUUAAUAUACCCUGGACAUGGCCCAGUAGUACAUGAUGCAUGUGCUAAAAUUCAAGGAUACAUUUCUCACCGAAAUGCACGUGAACAACAAAUCCUAAAUGUUUUGCAGGAGAACGCUGGAAAAUCAUUUACAUCAGUGGAGCUUAUAAAGAUUGUAUACAAGACAGGAAUAGGCUGUGGUGGGAGAGCCUGUUGUGGGAGGAACAGUUAUGUGAGGAGAGGUGGUUUCAAGGAGAAGCUCCAUUACUUCAGGAAAUUCCUGAAAAUUUACUUAAAGCCGCAGAAAAUAACCUUACCCUUCACUUAAGGAAGUUAGAAAAAGAAGGAAAAGUGUUAAAUGAAAAAUCUCCCAACUUCACGUGGAAAAGCGGUUUGUAAGUGAGGCAAGAAACAGAAACAAGAUUAAGAAUACUCUCAAAUACCUACACACAACCUCUUUAUAUAAAUACAUGAACUUGUAUAUGCAGAUCAUUGGAUGGAGAAUUAGAGGAAUCCAAAAGCACUCUGCUGUUAUGUAAAAUCAGAACAACAUUUUUGUUAAGAAAAAAAAAUUACAUAAUUCUGCUGUCUUAAAUACAUUUUAUGUAAUCUAGUGUUACAAAGUACUCAGAUAACAAUGAUUGUCAUAUUCUGUCUGAUGGGAAUUGAAAAAACUUGUGUAUUCAGUUAGUCAAAUGAAGUUACUGUGAACAGCUGUAUGUUGUCUUUUUUGUAAAAUUGUUGACUUUCUGCCAGUGACAGAAAACAGCUAGUAAAGGUACUACUAUAGUAUAAAGUAAUUGAUGACAACUGUAGUGCAAAAACUGAUUGUGAAGGUGGCAGAGUGACUUUCAGGAUGACCUAUUUUCACUUGUUCAUACUAGUGCAAAAAUGACUUUAUUUGGGAUUUGUGAGUGCUCAACCCUUCUGAAAAUCCAGCCACUUUUAUUAAGAUAUCUAAGUAUUGAUUUUUGGAGCCUAAUUUUAGACGCCCAAAGUUGAAAUUUUUGGCCCCUAUGUGGGCUGUUGCUAUUUAAUCUAGAAAGAUUCAAUGCAAGAGCUAAGUGAGCAAAAAAGUAGUUUCAGCUUUUUGUAGGAAAAACCUUUCCUAGCAGAUUCAGUGUAAGGAGCUACUAUUAAUUUUAACUAUUCAUGCCAGUUAAGACAAAUGUUUAAUAAAAUAAAAUCAUAGCAAAAGUAAUGCAAACAAAACUUUAUAUGUGCAAAUGAAACAAUGUCAGAUUAUACAAUCACAUGAUUUUUAAAAAUACUAUACAGAUAAUUAUUAGAGAUGUAUUGAACACUAAGCAAUUGAAGUCCCAGGUGUUUGCCAGUUUUAAAUAUUGAUUUAUAAAUUCUGCCCUCAGUUACCCAUCAACGUCAUAUAAAUUACAAAGGUGGAACAAGGCAAAAUUUGACUAAGACUCUAUAUACUGUCUGUGAUUUAAAAAUACAGUAGAAUGUUUUAAUUGAAGAUAAUGUUGGACCUUAAUUUCAGUUUUCUGUGUAGCUUAAACUUUUGAAGUAACUGAACUUGUAAAUAUUUGCACUACUGUCUGUAUUCAAAAAGUACAUAAUGUCUGUAUGGUUUAAAUGUACCUUCUAAUUCUGGCACAAAUCUUGUUUUGAAAUCACUUAAUAUGGAAUACGGAUUCAUUUAUCUUUCAUGCCUACGUCCUUGGAAAAUCCUUUAAAGACUUUUAAAAUUG